AUGGCGUUCGUCGAGAGUAAAACGAUGGGGCAACCACCUUACAAGAGGCAUAAAGGUGACGAGAUGACCGGGGUUGUGAGCAGCAAAGCGUUGGACGCGGGAUCGCAGGACACACCCCGUCUCAUAUCAUCGCACGAGUUAGCGCAGUUGUACGAGAGGCACGCAAGUCAGAAUUUACCUGAGUGCGAGGAAGUGUUUCCGUGGCUUCACGGAUACUCGAGUGAACGUGAGCGUCCCCGCUGCGCGGGGUUACUAGCGGUGUUGCGAUCGCAACCGUUGUGCGAAGAAAUGGUGGAAAACUCCGGGCUGCUGAAGUCCUCGAUGGAUGCGCACGAGUUCCUGCUGCCUUGGAAUACGCACUCUCAGGAUCUCGACAAGAUUGUUCGUGAGGCCGCGGCGCGAGUGGGAUUCAGCAACAGCGAUGCCGACGCCGUGUGCAGCGUAUGCAGACGCUACAACGUACUUCCGUUUCUGAUAACCGAUGCGGCUGCCCAGCAGCUGUACGGUGUCGGGGCCAAGCGGCGUGUUGGACAAAGCAGUGAGGGCUGGAAGCAGCCGGGCAUGUUCCGGCGGUUCGACCUGCAACCUGCCAAAUUCCUCGAGCUCGCGGAGCACUGCGUGGUGUACUGUCUCGACAAGAAGCGGCACCUCAAAGACUGCCAAUGCAGCGAACUGGCUUUGCUGGUAACAUUGGCGCGCAAGUGCGUGGACCCGGACUCGGAAUUCACCGUGAGCAUCUUACAAACAACAGAGGUCGAACCACAGUUGCUGGGCACUCAGCCCAUGCCACUGAGCAGUCUGCAAAAAGCAUCACCAUCGCAAUUGGCCUCGAGCUUUGACGUGGCUUCUUUCAACAACUGGGACCGUGAUCUAUUUUACCGCGAAAGGCUCGAGAUAUCAAAAAUGUCAAGCGCCAGUUGUGCCGAUGAAGAAUCUGCUGUUUGGUGCGGCAAUGCCACUGAUUACGAGAUCUAUAAAGUUACAGGGGGCUGCGCACAAGACGUUCCACAGAGCUUAAAUCCUUCAUACCGAUCUUAUUUCAGCACCGACAACACUAUCGUGAAGCUUCCAUGUCUCGACUACCAUUCAGAGGAUCCCAGCAUCAACGACAAGCUUCUUUUUAACGUCCCUCAUCCUGAUAAACCUUGGAGACUAUUCAUUCAUUGUUCUGAGAACGGGGAAUUCCCCACGUCAACCAAAAUCAAGCAAUUGAUAGAACAAGUUCAAGCAUCAAGUAACAUAAGUCAUACACUUCUAUCCUUCCCAAGUUCAGGCUCGAUAGGUUUAGGCAAUCUUAACUUGGAGUCCAUAAAGUCCAUUUUAAAUGUGUGUUACCUAAUUUACGUUGUGGCAAAGAAUACCGAUAAUUCUACCCUUUUAUACUGUUCCGAUGGUUACACGGAGACAUCUUUUCUUUUAGUGGCACAUCUGAUUUUUAUGUGGGAUGUACCAUUAGAAGAAGUACUCCUACGUUUGCAUAAGGAAAGGCAAAGGCCUUUUUUCCUUUUCCCGGUGGAUUUGCAGGUGUUGGGUCAUUUACAAAUUUUGUUACGAGAAUUGAGUCCACUUAGAAAAGUUCCCACUUCGUCUUUCUUAGACGUAGAUCCUGAUUUGUUCAGUAGGAUGUUUUUCAUUAAGCCAGAAGACACUUGCAAUUUGUUCCAGUUGAAAGGUCCACUGCCAUCACGAAUUCUUCCACAUCUAUACCUUGGGUCUUUAGAGCACGCACAGUGUCCAGAUUUGCUAAAGAAGCUUGAUAUCAAAAACAUAGUCUCUGUUGGGGAAACAAUGCCAUGGUUGCUAGCGGCCAUCUCUAGGCGGCGAAGCCACACUGUUGGCGAAGGCGGCUCAUUCAAAAAUACAAAGAGACCUCCCCUUAACUCUGCACUUUCCAUGUCACAAGUUUCACAAUUAGCAUCGACAUCGACCAACACAACCGACGAUGAUAUCUCACUUUUCGAAGAAAAUGGAUUUCGCGUCUUGCAUAUCACUAAUCUAGAUGAUAAUGGCCAGGACCGUCUCUUGGCGCAACUCGAGCAAAUUUUGGCGUUUAUUGACGAAUGUCGUGAGCGAGGAGAAUCGGUAUUGGUUCAUUGCAUGGUAGGGGUUUCGCGGUCUGCCACCGUUUGUAUUGCUGAAUGCAUGCGGCGCUUAAACUGUGACGUGCUUCGCGCAUAUCUGUACGUCAGAGUACGUCGGCUGAACAUCAUCAUCCAACCGAACUUGAUGUUUAUGUAUGAGCUUUGCAAAUGGCAAGAGUCCCGUGGAAUAGCUCAGAAAGUGGAUUGGCAUAUUAUGUGCCGUUCAAUCGCAGAGCUUAAUAGCAACUAUCUAUGA